AUGAAGGAAGGACCCGUCGACGAAGAGUUCACGCAACAAGCCAGUCAGAGAGCGCCGAGAAAAGAGCAUCACCAGGGCCAGUCGACCUACUUUCGGCAGCUGCCUCCCGAGAUCCGGAAUCAGAUUUACAGGCAUUUCUGGGUCUCGGCCGGAGUCGAACGACACGCCUUUCUACGGAACAGGAAACUCCUGUUUUCUCCCUGCAUUACUGACCACAAGGCGCCUGACGAGCGGCAGAUUGGAGUUGCCAAAGACUUUGAAAAGUCUUCUUCUACCGCGGAGGUCCAGCCUCACCCGAAAUGGUUCAAGAGGAUGACUUCCCCAUGGUGUAACCACUGGAAGUGCGAAAGGUUAUGGGAGGAUAUCAGAGACGGACGUGAGGUAGACGGGAACAAGACACAAGCUUACAUAGAAGCCAAAACCCUAACAAUAACCGACGGCCAAACCCUCCACCGCAUCCUCCGCUGGCCCCGCCCCAAAUACCUCCACCAAGCUCGCCGCCUCAACAUCUCCCUCCGCCACGACAGUGGCAACUUCCUCUACCUCAACGGCGCCUCCAUGUGGCACAUACUCUCCGAGCAGGACUCGUGCGUCGCCGAGAGCAUCUACCUCUGGCUCGACGCCGAGUGUCCCGUCACGCGCCGCCUGCUGCCCGAGUUCCGCGAGCUGUUCAACUGCGUGCCGGCCUCCGUCGCCGCGCGGCUGACGGUUGAUUUCCCCUGCGACGCCGAGGACGGGUUCUGGGCGUGGGAGGACGGGACGGAGAUUGAGGCGCAGGAGGGGGGCGGGGGCAAGGUGAAGAGGUUGGGGCCGCUGGUGCCUGAGUUUCGGGUUGUUGCGAGGGGGAGGCAGAGGUUUAAUGAGACUUCAGCGGGGUAUGUUAGUUGUGUUGAUCGGGGGAGGCCGAGGAGGAGGAUUUUGAGGGCGAGUAAUCCGUUUGAGGAUAUUCUGCUCUAUGGGAGAGGGUUCGUUGAUGGGUCAUACGUCUAG